AUGAACAAAGAGAAUAAUAUUAGCACAGCAGCUGAAAAACACAGAAAUUAAUCUAAUAGCAAUCUUCAGGAAGAUUAAGCAGGGUCAAUACCAGGGUAAAAUCUAAUCAAGCCAGAAACUUAUGAGGAUUUGGAGAAUGAACGUCUGAUAUUCAGAGCUGGUCUAAAGAAGACUUUUAUGGAGCGAUUUCAGAAUUCAGAGUUAGAAUCUCAUUAUCGUCAAUCUAUGAUCGGAUCUGUCAUUAUGUCCUUAGCUCAACCUGCUCAGUCUAAUGUUGGAGAUAUUCAAGAUCUGAGGAACAGCUAAUUCUAUCGUAAAACUGGCAAUAGCUAGAACUUUUUGAGAAAGUAUACCAGAGGUAAAAGCACAGUUAGUGGGCGAAACAUCAUCGAGAUAGUCUAGAGCAAUACUAUAAAUACUCCAGAGUAGCUGAGAAGUGAAGAAUAUGACAAAGAAAUCAAAAUUGGUCCUACUGGGAUACACAUAACAGAGCAAGAAGAUGAGGAUGAUGAUGGAGACUCAUCCGAUAAGCGUAUUGUUAUCAAAGCGAUCAGAGAUGACAAUUUGAGGAUGCUUAUGAGCUUUAAUUAUAACUUGGAAGAACUUACUAGUUUGAGGUUCGAAAGAGAACUGAACAUAUUACAAACUGCUUGCUUCUACAAUGCAUUAACAAUCAUUACUUGGCUGAGAGACUUUUACAAAAAUGAUGAAGACUUUAUGCAAGAAAUAGUCGACUACCGAGACCCAAUGGCUGGUAAUCAGGCAAUUCAUUUAGCAGUGGUAAAUGGGAAUAAAACUGUCCUAGAUAUACUUGUAAAUGAUUUCAAAGCCAGUCCUCAUGCUGUGACUGGCAAGGGCCUGACUGUGAUACACUGCGCUGCUUAAAAUGACAAGGGUUUAUUCUCAAUCCACUAUUUUAAAAGACACUAUGGAAUUGAAAUCGAUAGAAAGGAUAGUUUUCAAUGCACACCUCUUCAUUUCGCUGUCUUAAACAGGAAUUGCUAUUUAAUGGUGCCUCCAGAGAUAUAAUGGUACUAUUUAAAUAACCUUAACAUUCUUUCUGGUUAGGACAAGGAUGGUUUCACACCAAUGAUGGUACUUUAGGAAAGAGAGGACGAAAUAGAGCCUGACUAAUACAGGAGUUUGUAAACCAUUCUUGUGCAAAAGGAUAGAAUAUUUAUGCUAGCUACUUUGAUAUUCAACUUUAUCAGCUUUUUCAUUUUCUUGGGUUACUAUCAAAAAUUUAUCACCCAAUAAGAUUUUGAAGCUGGAGAAUAUGCGUAUUUGAGUCUUGGCGUAGUAGGUAUAAUAAGCUUUAUCUUCUCAGCUUUUUCAUUCAUGGCUUCAAGUUGUUUGAAUCCAGGAUAUGUGAAAUAGAAAUUCGACUUAUUGGAAUUACUCGAAGUUGCAAAUGAUAAAGACAUUGAUUUGGAGAAUUUCUGCUUCUAUUGUUGCAUUAUAAAGUCAACUCGAACAUUUCACUGCCAUUAUUGCAAGGCUUGCGUGGAGAAAUUUGACCAUCAUUGUGUCUAUAUUAAUAACUGCUUAGGCUAUAGGAAUCACAAAUACUUCAUGGUAUUUUUAAUUAGCAUUCUGAUAUAUUUCCUUUGCUCCUUUGUAACAUGCCUACUUGAAUUUAUCAUAGAUGAUGACUAAACUGAAGGCACAUACUUGAUUUUGGAUUUGACUGCUCGCGGUUAUAUUAUAAUUAUCAAUUCGAUUCAGAUGUUCCCAUUGAUGUACUAAGUAAGAGAGUAAUUCAGAAAGUUGUUGAGAGUAGAAGUUAAAGAAUACUCAUCUGAGACACUGCCAGCGGAAACUAAUAAUAAUUUGAGCUAAAAUGGAGAUGAAAUAAAAAACUAAUUGAACUUGCAAUCUUCAAAAACUAGCGUGCUGACCAACUAAAAGAAUUCUAAUUAGAUGGAAUUUCAACUUAAGCAGUCAUUGCUAUUAGAAGAAUCAGAUCCUUAAGUUAAAAGGGGAUUACGCUUCAACAUAUCUCAACUUUUCAAUUACAACAAACCAACAUAGGAGUAAUUAAGAGAAUUUCUGUUUUCAGACUCAGACAGGUUUUCGACUUUUAUGAUGAAACACAAGUACAGUUAAAAAAACAGAAAAUCUACUAAGAGAGUAGAAGGUGGGAAAGUUGAGACAGCCACUCAGUAGUCCUCUUGCAAGAUAAUACAUGAAAUCGAAGAAUACCUAGACACUGAUGAGCACCCUAAAAAGAUUAACGCCUCUAAUCCUGUGGUUUAAUGA